AGCAUGUAUGUAGCAUGAUCCCCCUCACCCACCCCGGAAACGUCACAUCUAAACUGCAUUUCCCUCGCUCCGGAUUGGUCGAGCGCGCGCGUUUAAGCAGCGGUGUCGACAUGUCCGACGGCACUCGAAGGCGGCAGCCAGUUGGGUUUUUAAUUGGAGUCAGAUUGUCGGAGCGAAAAGGAGUGGCUUUAUUUUUAUUUGCCCCAACCCGCGACGAUGGAGUCAUCCUCCUCCAGACGGACGAGGCAGUAGCUGGCGGAGCAGCAGCGAACAGAGAAGAGAAGACAUUUGGUUCCGGAGAGUUCGAGGAGAACAACUUUACUUUUUCUUGGCAAGUUAAGCUAGCGCCAUGUCCGUGGUGUAUUCGCGGACCUCACUUUAAGGAUGGAGGCAUCGUGUCUGGACCUGGCCCUGGAAGGUGAGCGGCUGUGUAAGACGGGCGACUACCGUGCCGGCGUGUCUUUCUUCGAGUCCGCCAUCCAGGUGGGAACGGAAGACCUUCAGAUCCUCAGCGCCAUCUACAGCCAGCUGGGAAACGCCUACUUUCACCUGCAAGAGUACAACAAGGCGCUGGAGUACCAUCGGCAUGACCUCACACUCACCAGAACAAUUGGAGACGAGCUCGGCGAGGCCAAAGCCAGCGGUAACCUUGGGAACACGUUGAAGCUGCUAGGACGCUAUGAGGAGGCACUGGUUUGUUGCCAAAGACAUUUGGAAAUCACGAAGGCCAUAUAUGAUAAGGUUGGGCAGGCUCGGGCGCUGUAUAAUUUCGGGAACGUUUACCACGCCAAGGGCAAGGGCAUCUGCUGGAGUGGAGCGGAGCCAGGCGAGUUCCCGGAGGACGCCCGGACAGCCCUGAGGAAUGCUGCACAGUACUACGAAGCAAACCUGUGCCUGGUGACAGAGUUAGGCGACCGGGCAGCGCAGGGUCGCACCUAUGGGAACCUCGGUAAUACCUAUUAUCUGCUGGGAGACUUUGAAAAGGCAGUGGCUGCACAUGAAAAGCGGCUACUCGUCGCCAAAGAGUUCGGGGACAGGUCUGCGGAGAGGAGGGCUCACUGUAACCUUGGCAAUGCCCACAUAUUCCUCAGCCAGUUCGAAGUGGCGGCUGGUCAUUACAAGAGAACGCUGCAGCUGGCCAGGCUUUUGAAGGACCGAGCGGUGGAGGCCCAGGCCUGUUACAGUCUGGGGAACACCUACACGCUGCUGCAGGACUACGAGAGAGCCAUCGACUACCACCUCAAACAUCUGGUCAUCGCCCAGGACCUCAGUGACCGAGUUGGUGAAGGAAGAGCAUACUGGAGUCUAGGAAAUGCCCACACCGCUCUGGGGAAUCAUGAGCAAGCCAUGUUCUUUGCUGAGAAACAUCUGGAAAUUGCCAAAGAGACGGGCGACAAAAGCGGCGAGGUCACAGCCAGGAUGAACCUGUCCGACCUUCGUUUGGUCGUAGGCCUCAAGUCCAACUCCAACAUCCAUCCAAACAUCUUCCGCAACACAAACGCUAACAGCUCCGCUCUGCCAGUUAGCUACCAGGGCUACACCAACCUCCCAGGGAUGAAGUCUCCAGUGAGGAGGAGAUCAAGUGCAGAGAAACUGAAACAGACUCCAAGUCUGGACAGAAAUCAAACUGGAGACUCACCGGCACAUCCAGACUGGGAGGAGGACACGUUCCCCGGAUCUUCGAAAAACAACACAAUCAAGGCUUCCACCAAGCUCUUCCUCUUCCACCGGCUGAAGAGCAAGAAGCACAAGAGCAACAAGUCGCCCCCUAAAGACCAACAAGAAAACUGCAGUGAGCACAAGGCUCCAGAGCUGGACACGCCGGUGUCCAUCAAGCCCGGACCACGGGACACUAUCGGAGAGGACGGCUUUUUCGACCUCCUCUCUCGUUUCCAGGGCAACCGAAUGGACGACCAAAGGUGCUCUCUACUGGAUGGCCCGAGCCAUCUCCCUGCCCAUUCCUCUCCCUCCUCCACCCCACCUGUAGCUGCAAGGAAAUCUAUUUCGGCGUGCGAAACACCAUCGCAGGAUCCCAGUCAUUUCCUGGAGCUGCUGGCCAGCUCCCAGGCCCGUCGACUGGACGACCAACGAGUCAGCCUGAGCCAUUUUCCUGGCUUACGUCUCAGCACCUCCAGCCCGCCUCAUACACCCUCCACCUCCAACGCAGACCAAGUCCCCACAAAAGCCACCAUCUCCAGUACAGAUUCCCCUCACACACCCUCCCUGUACAGUCAGCUCGAGGCGAGCGAUGAGCAGCCGGAGGGGGACGAUGUCUUCUUCGACAUGCUAGUUAAGUGCCAGGGGUCCAGACUCAACGACCAGCGAUGUGCUGCUCCACCUUCUUCCUCUCCACCUUCCCCCACAAAGGGACCGACGGUUCCAGACGAGGAUUUUUUCAGUCUCAUCCUUCGCUCCCAGUCCAACAGGAUGGAGGAGCAGAGAGUCCAGCCGCCCCCCAGUGUUACACAGACCAAACUAGAUUGACUCCAUGCAGGGAUUUGUGAUGACGUUAUCUCAGGAUACCCAAUGAAGUAACCAAACUUUUUAUUUAGUUUCCCUUUUUCUUUUUCUGUAAGCUACAUGGCCGUUGAUUCCUGCCUUUUGGAAUUGUCCUGACAACAUUCCUGUGAGACUGCCAAGAAUAUGAGUGAUGUAGUGAAGUGAGGGAAUUAAGAUGUCAAAUGAUACAGAACUGGUCAUUGUGACUGAAUUCAUGGGAAAUUUAGCUUUUUGAGACUCAUGGGCUUCUUUUUAAAGAAAACUGACCGGGUCUAGCUUUUUUUUUUGUGCUUUUAGAACCAAAGAUGUGCGUCUGCUCUGGAGGCUUGCAUCAAGUCGCUCAUCCAAACGGUGCGUGAGGAUACUGUUCUCAAAGGAUAAAAGCCAAACUGAAGGAAUUUCUGUUUCACGAUGAUGGACAAGAGACAUACUACAGAUGGAUUUAUCCGAGAGGUUCUGCAGUGAAGCAGAGUGGAUCAUCCUGGGUUUUUAAUUGACCUCAGACAUUGUCUGACAACAACUUGUCACACCGAGUCAAAUGACAGAACUUCUCUGGGGAAAUAUCCAUUCCUACACUGAUGGACUGGUGGAGCAGUUUAUAGAACCUCCUUCUGGAUAUUGCUUUUAAGACUUAAAGACGAUUUUACAUUGUUAUAUCUGGAGCAAUAUUGCAAUGAAGUGAAAUGGGAUCUUUUUUCUUCUUUGUAACAAGAUUUUACAGAUGAUUAACUAGUGUGUGAGGGGAGAGGAACAAAAGAAAUGUUAUUUUAGCCUUUAUACUGAUACCUUCUCCAGACAAUGGAGAAAUAAAAUCUCAUGAAUUUA